UUUACCUUCCUAUUAGUUUCAGCAUGUGUCGGGAUUUUUCGUGUUGCGGUUAAAUAAUAAAAUGGGAAAAACGGCGAGAAAACCUACACAGAAACGAGCAGCCAAAAAAUCCACGAACAAAAACGUCCGGAAUGAAGCGAAAACUAAAAACUUGGAGUUUUUGUUGGAUCCUGAACAGCCGAGACCAUUGCAAAUCCGGGCCGUGCCAAUCCAAAAGUGGGCCGACGAAAAAGAAACAUCUGUAGCACCAGUUCCAGCAACGAUACAGCCGCCAUCGGAAGCAAGAACACAACAUGCAGAAAAAUCCGCAGUCAGAGUCCCGUUGAUCGAUAUGGACGAUGAUCACAACAAGCAUCUGCUGGACAUCCGAUCUAACCUACUACGGGAUUGGAAUUCAGAUACGGAAAGCGAUGUAGAUGACAGUAGCGUGAGCAUUGAACUGACCGAUUCUGCGAAAGUGGUAGGAAGGGCUAAAGGUAACUCAUUGGCUCGUGUUGACAAAGAAGCUCCUAUCAUAAAAAGUUACACAGCAAGACCGGUUUCGAAAGGCGAACCAACGCGAACCACAGAGCCCAGUCAAAAGUCAUUCCCUAAAUACAAGAAAACUUAUAUUAGCAGCAGCGCAGCAAUUUCGACGGUUGUACGUUCAGACAUCGAUAUGUCCGAUACGGAUCAUGAUUUGAUCAGCGAGUGCCCUUUUGAGAUGAGAGCACCUUUACCAGCUUCUAUGACAGAACAAUCAGCCGGUGUUUGUGUAUGCGGGCAGCAGCCAAAAAUAGAUCGUUUGAUCCAGCAAAACAGUAUUCUGUUAUCCCAAAACAAGAAACUCAAACGUUUGAACGAAGAAAGCAGCGUCCGUUGCAUUUCGGUAACUGAUCCGCGGGAUGAUGUUUUUACAGAAGAGGGCGAAAGUUGGACCGAUUCCCUAACCAACGCACGCAAAUUCCCGCCGCAUACGAUAGUUCCGGACCGAAUUGGGGUCAUUCCAACAUCGCCGGCGUUCCGAUCGAGCCACGUGGAUAGGUUCCGCCAUUGUGAAACGGGCCGGACCGCACCUUUGUUCCGAGCCGUCGGCCAUUGCUUUCGCCAAGCGUUUACCGUCGUCGAACCCCACGCCAGCUCGCAGUCCGGAAACAGUCAGCGUACACCACAAGCCAGGGUGCUUCGUCCAAGAUCAAGCCGGGGACCGUCGCCAACGCCACAAGCCAGCCUGUACCACCAGGAAGUCAAUUCGGGAAUCGUCGCCGAACACGGCCAGCCAGCUUGUUCCGUCAAAAUUCGAGCGUGCCCGCCGCCGACGAAGAAGUCCCGCUCGUACCAGCCGAAAUCGAGCCUAAACCGUCACCGAGCAUCGGAAUUUCGCCCACCGUCAAGCCCUAGCGCCUCUGCCAAGCCGAAGCCUCUUCGUACCGUCCAACAUCGAGUCGAACCCGUCACCGAGCAUCGGAAUUUCGCCCACCGUCAAGCCCUAGCGCCUCUGCCAAGCCGAAGCCUCUUCGUACCGUCCAACAUCGAGUCGAACCCGUCACCGAGCAUCGGAAUUUCGCCCACCGUCAAGCCCUAG